UAAAAGGAAAAACAAGUGUUAUUCAAUGGCUUCAAUUGCGAAUGUGCUUUCAUCUUUCACUCACAAACUUUCUUCCCGUCCAAAAUCUCAUACCUCUUCCUUUCGCAUGUCUUAUCAGACCACAACAACAACAACAAUUCCAAGAAAAUCUGCAAAUUAUGGACCUCCCACCUGGGAUUUCAAUUUCAUUCAAUCACUCAACACCAAUUCUUAUGCUGGUGAGAGGUUUGUUACGCGGCGCGACGAGUUGAAGGAGAAAGUGCAAGAUUUGCUGAACAGUGAAGAGAUUAAAGAAGCGGAGAAAAUAGAGAUGAUUGAUCAGCUGCAGAAGUUUGAUUGUUCUUACCAUUUUCUGGACGAAAUCAAUGCAGCUUUGACGGAUAUCUAUACGAAGAAGAGUGGUUAUAACAAUUUCAAGUCAUCAGAAGAGAAGGACCUGUAUUCCACAGCUCUUGAGUUUAGAGUUCUCAGACAAAAUGGCUUUGAUAUUUCUCCAGAGGUAUUUGAGGGUUUCAUGGAUGGGAAGAGGCUUGAUUUUAAUCCCAAACUUGGUGAAGAUACUAAGGGAUUAUUAAACUUAUAUGAAGCAUCCUUUCUAUCAAAGGAAGAUGAUACAAUUUUGGAAGUGGCUAGAGAUUUUUCUGGCAAGCAUCUCAAACAGGUCAUCAAACAUGACCAAAACCUCAAUGACCCCAAACUAUUGCCACAUGUCCAACGUGCCUUAGCCCUCCCAUUGCACUGGAGGGUGCCCAGGAUGGAGGCUAGAUUCUACAUUGAUUCCUUUGACCUAGGAAAAACAAACUCCAAUAAUUCCACCCUUUUGGACUUGGCUAAAGUAGACUUCAACAUUGCUCAAGCUGUGUAUCUAAAGGAUUUGAAAUUCGUGUCCAGGUGGUGGAAGGAUUCAUGUAUUACUGAAAAGAUGGAAUUCGUGAGGGAUAGAGCGGUGGAGAAUUUCAUAUGGGCACUGGCAAAACACCCUUCCCAAAGCAUUCAAAUGGCAGAAGAACAGUGGGCAAGCUCGACAUUCUUCUUUGCACGGUUGAUGAUUUGUAUGACAUUUAUGGUACUACAGAAGAAUUGCAACUCUUCACCGAUACCGUUGAAAGGUGGCCCGAUGUAA